GAAUUUGAAAGAGCGGCAGCAAUUUCUUUGUUUAAUUUGGAUAUGAAAACAGCUGUGGAAACCUUAAGUAGGGGAGCAAUGAUACGGGAUGCUAGGGAAGAAUCAAAAAGUAACCUGCAUUUGGUGGCUAUGGCAUUGUCUGGUUACACUAAUGAUAAACGAGCAUUUUGGACUAAAAUGUGUAACGAUUACAGAUCGAUGCUCUUACAUCCGUACUUGAGGGCUGCGUUUGCAUUUAUUACGAGCUAUGAUGACGGAAAAUUCGAUGAUGUUAUUUGGACUGAACCUGACCUACAACUGCGCGAUAGAAUUGCCUUCGCAUGCAUGUUCUUAGACGAUGAAACGCUGCAAAAUUAUGUUGCCCCAUUAACUUACGAAGUUAUCAGUACCGGUAACCUGGAAGGGAUUAUUUUGACCGGUAGAUUUACAACUGACGGUUUAAAAUUGUUACAAAAAUUCGUUGAUAAGACGGGUGAUAUUCAAACCGCUAGCCUUGCUGUUAUCCAUGGAAUUCCUAGUGCAAUAUCCAAUAAUGAAAGAGUUUUAUCUUGGAUUGAAAGUUAUCGAGAAUUCCUCGAUAGAUUGGAGCUAUGGCAUUAUAGAUGCAAACUGGAUAUUUUACGUAAGCGUAAUAGACACACAACGCCACCGCCUCAAACCGCCUUUCUUAGUUGUAAUAACUGCUCUAAGCCAAUUAAUUUGACAGCCAGUGGUAAUUUUAAACAACUUGCGAUACUUAUUUUUGACAGGUGUCGCAAUUGUGGGAAAGCUCUCCCGAAGUGUGCAAUUUGCUUGCGGAAUAUGUGUCUUGAUAUCGAUCGUUUACCCAAUGAUACAAAAUCAGCAAAUAUACAUGUUGAUGGGGGCAAAGUGAUGUAUCCAAAGAAAAGAUUUAAUUCAUGGUUUUCAUGGUGCCAAAGUUGCCGACAUGGCGGGCACGCAACACACAUGGAGAGUUGGUUUGCGAAUCACAAUGAAUGUCCAGUUCAAGACUGCAAUUGCAGCUGCUCUGCGAGAGAUUCAUCUUUUUUUGCCAUAAAAAUGUGUGAUCAAGUUUAA